AGACAGGUUUCCAUACGCGUAAACCGAAUAAGGAUUGGCUCUGCAAACAUGGCAGGACAAAGUGCGGGUAAUUCGCAUUUCGAUACUGGAGAUGAUGAUAAUUGUCUGCUGAGUUUGGAGAAGUUAGACCGAGCAUCACCUGAUUUGUGGCCUGAACAGAUCCCGGGUGUCUCUGAAUUUGCAGCUAGCAGAAGUCCACUUUCAGCUUCCAGUUCUCCACCAAAAUGGCUGGCUGAUUUAGGAAACGAUGACAUUGAUCUUCUCCAAGAAUUUGGAAGCCUCACAUCCUCUCAGUUGAUGGAAAAAGUCAAAGGAUUGCAGAAUCUAGCCUAUCAGCUUGGACUGGAAGAAGCUCGUGAAAUGACUAGAGGAAAGUUUCUGAACAUCUUGCAAAAACCAAAGCAGAGAAAUUAAAGUGGACAUUUGUAAUGCCUUGUGCCUGCAUAAUACAAGUUGUGAAAUGGACAGGAAUGCAGGGUACAUGUCAAUGAAUUCAAUAUAUUAAUAAGAGUGGGAACCACAAGAAAGCUUGUAGUUACUUUGUGUGGACCCAUUUCUUGUUCUCAUGGUUUCACCAGUGGUGAAAGUUUAGACAGUGCCAUGUAUAUAUGUGUGACAAUAUUUCAGUGCAUGUUUUACUAUUAACAAGGGCAGCAGUUUUGUUUUGUAUAUAACCUGUACAGUAACUAUAUCACCACCUGAUGUAGCAGCAUUCUGUUGAUACACAGUAAAUAACAUGGAAAUCAUUUUGCACACAAGAGCAGUUGCAGAGUAUGACAAAAAUUUUGAAGUCACUGGCCACAAGGCUAGUGGGUUUGUGAAAAGUAAACAAUGCAUGCUGUAACUGUGACGAUGUAGAGAUAGCAUGUUACUGCAGUUUGCAGAGCUAGUUCAAGUGGAUUAUUAUUACAUACUGAUUGCGUUGUUGAUA